UUCUUGGAUAAUAAAAAGAGAAAAUAAAGCUGACGCUUGCAGUAGAAUUUGACUAGAGCAGGUGACACUGGAUGAGAGAAGAUGCUGUACAGAUUUGCAUUGUGUUUCUUGUUUCUAACUGCUGUUUCACAUGCUAAACCUAAGCUCAAGGAGAGCGAAGAUGAAGGGAAGCUUGUAUCUCCUGAACGAGGACUUGCAGACUUUGGUUUGAUGAUUUUGUGUGGUACAGGAAGAAACCCUUUUGAUUACAAUGGAUAUGGUUGCUAUUGUGGAUUUGACGGCCAUGGGAAUCCUGUGGACGAUGUGGACAGGUGCUGUCAAGCACAUGAUCGUUGUUACGAUAGAGUGAAGGCGUCUGGCGUUUGUCCUUUCGGUGUUGCUGCGUACACCUUCCCAUACAAGACAACUGAAUGUACUGGAUGCAAGCCUCCGUCGUACUACUGGUUCUUUGGCAAAUGCCGUUAUGCUUUGUGUCAAUGUGACUCACAGGCCGUAAAGUGUUUCCGCAGGUCCAAGUACAACAGUCAUUACGCUGGAUAUGAUAAAGAUACAUGCGUGAUAUUCACUAGGAGUCAAGCACAAAGUUUGAUAAAGAUGGCUUUAAGAAUUGUCCUGUAUUUCUUGAUUGUGGCGUGUGUGGUUGCUUUACCAACGAAGCAAGAGGGAAGUGAAGUCCAAUUGUCACGAGCCAAGCGAAGCAUCGCUAACUUUGGAGCGAUGAUUCACUGUGGAACAGGACGUAAUCCUCUGCUGUAUAACGGCUAUGGGUGCUUCUGUGGGUUUGGUGGCAAAGGAACACCUGUAGAUGACGUGGACAGGUGCUGCCAAGCACAUGAUAGGUGUUAUGAUCAACUGAAGUUAUCAAAACUCUGCGUAAUUGAUGCCGCCGUAUACACCUUGAGUUACAAAACUAGUGGCUGUCUAACAUGUAAGCCUCUUUCUUCCUACCAUAUUUUGGCCAAAUGUCGUAAAGCUUUGUGCGAAUGCGAUGCAGAGGCUGUGAAAUGCUUUAAGCGAUCGAAGUUUAACUACAAAUAUAUGAGUUACGACAAGUCCAAAAAGUGUUAGUUCCUAGUAAGACAUCAUGCAUGGCUGUAAACCCAAUUGAUAAGCCCAUGUGUCAUUCUUCUGAGAAUAUAAAUUCUUUGCUUGCGUUUCAAUAUUAUUGUAUUUCCGGACUAAGCCAAGAAAGUUUACUCAAGGGACUAAAGCAUCACUUAUUUUGAAUGUUGUCAAGAUAUCAUAACCAGUUGAGAAAACCCAAGGCAACGAAUCUAAUGCAAUAAAAAUAACCAAAAAAUACCUGUAUUCA